AUGCGCUGCCGACUACGCGAAACGCCAGUCGCAGCGAGGACGCGAGGUCGGACCUUCCUGCCGCUUGCGGUAGUCGCAGGGCUGCUGUGCGGCGCAUUCAGUGUUGCGGCCGCGGCGGACUCAGAUACGGAGCUGCAGCGGCAGGGAGAAGCGCAGGACUUUGGCUUGCGGGGUCUCAUGCCCAUUCUGAACGGCACGUACUCCAACGUGAGCGGCGACUACGACUACCAUUGUACGCGGUACGGAAGCCACGACAACGACGACGAGGACAGCUCGGAGGGCAGGAGCAGCUCCAAGACUGUGAUAAUUGGCGUCGGCAUCGGCGUCGGACUGUUGCUAGUUACCGUUUGCCUGACGUGGAAAGCCUGCGUGGAGUGCUGCACGAGCUCGAAUCGCCGAUCACGCCACCGAGCUUUCAUUGAGCGAUCGUACGUCUUGCUGCGGGUCUGA